ACAUCGGACGGCGGCCCAACGCGCGGGCCGCCGCUUCAUUCUGCCUCGUUCGCCCGGCAGUGCCGGGCCAUUCGAAUUGGGCUCGCUCUGGUGACUUUCUGCUUCGACAGUGCUCUCGGACAGAUCGGUCACCUCGCCGCGCUGUCGGUCCAGUUGAGCCGCAAAUGGCGUCCACUCUGGGAGUGCCACUGCAGGUGCGCGUGCACACAGCCGACCGCAAGGGUGCCGGCACAGACGCCAGGGUGUUCAUCAAGCUGCGCGACUCGGCCGGCACGGAGAGCCGCCUCACCCAGCUGGACAACUUGCACGUGGACGACCACGAGCGUAACACUGUCAGCGAGUUCGAGCUGCCGGCCAGCACGGCCGCCGCGCUGGUCGACCUGGACAGCAUCGUCCUCGUGCGCAACGCGGCCGGCGCCGACGGCGGCUCGUGGCUGCUGGAGCUGGUGGAGGUGUCGGCCGGCGGCGGCCGCUGGCUCUUCCCCGUCCACCGCUGGCUGAGCCCCUACACCGAGUACCGCAUCAGUCAGUUUGACAGCAGCCUGCCGCAGCACGACGACCCGGACAUCAGCGCUCGCCGCGCGCGCGAGCUGCUCGACAAGCGCGGCCAGUACCAGUACGCGCAGCACAUCGCCGGCGGCCCGGUGCAGAUAAAGACUCUUCCUGAAGACGAGCAGUUCUCGGAGAAAUACCAGUUUGGCUUUGGAAGGGAGCGCGAAACGCUUAUGAUGAAGACCGAGGCCAUUGGAAUGACCGAGGACAAGUGGAAUUCGUUCGAGGAAAUGAUGGAAGCAGUGAAGAGCACGAUAGGAACACCUGAUGUAAGUGCAACCCAGCUGUGUUCGUGUGCCUGCGCGU